AUGGCCGAAGCUUUGGUGAGUAGAAAAGAUACCUGUUGCUCAUUCAUUAACAAUGGUGAUGAUUUGUUGACAUUAAAAAAAAUUGUAUCCAAAAAAACAGACAUUGACGGUGAGAUACAAAAACUCAAUAAGUCUGUAGACACUAAUGGCAGCGAAUUCAAUGGAAACCACAAUAAAACUGAUAGCAUAAUACAUUUUGAUGUCGAUAAUACAUCGUCAUUAGAACCAAAUUUUGAAAUGGAUAAUGAUACAGAUCGUAAUAUCACUAUCGGUUCAAUUUGCACCCAAGAAGAUCGUGAGUCAGAAGCUAUUUACAUCUCUAAUGAAAAUUCAAAUGACGCAGAUGUAAAUAACGGUGAGAUACAAAAACUCAAUAAGUCUGUAGACACUAAUGGCAGCGAAUUAAACGGAAACCACAAUAAAACUGAUAGCAUAAUACAUUUUGAUGUCGAUAAUACAUCGUCAUUAGAACCAAAUUUUGAAAUGGAUAAUGAUACAGAUCGUAAUAUUACUAUCGGUUCAAUUUGCACCCAAGAAGAUCGUGAGUCAGAAACUAUUUACAUCUCUAAUGAAAAUUCAAAUGACGCAGAUGUAAAUAACGGUGAGAUACAAAAACUCAAUAAGUCUGUAGACACUAAUGGCAGCGAAUUAAACGGAAACCACAAUAAAACUGAUAGCAUAAUACAUUUUGAUGUCGAUAAUACAUCGUCAUUAGAACCAAAUUUUGAAAUGGGUAAUGAUACAGAUCGUAAUAUAACUAUCGGUUCAAUUUGCACCCAAGAAGAUCGUGAGUCAGAAACUAUUUACAUCUCUAAUGAAAAUUCAAAUGACGCAGAUGUAAAUAACGGUGAAAAAGAUAUUCAAGUAACUUCAAUCAAAUGUUUAGAUGUUCCAUAUUCUCAGAGUGGUUCUUUAUACGAUAAUGAUUCACAUGAUUUGCAAGAUGAUUAUUCAGAACUAAAUAAUAUUGGGUCACCUGCGUCUUACUUUAAUAUAUCAGCAAGAGCACCAUUACGUUCUUAUAAGGAUUUAGAUACUAUGUUUGAAGGUGAUCAUUUUUUACUGAAAAAAGAAGUAUUAAAUAAUAAGCGAAAACGAAAAUUUGAAGAUUUGGUAGAACAAGAUCAGAAGUCUACUAAGCUACUUAAAUUGUGGAACUUGAUGAAAUAUCCUUUUAAAAAAAUAACAUAUGGUACUUCGAUAAGUGAAAAUAAAUCAAAUAUUUCUAAAGUGGAAAUCAUAUCUGAAAACGAGAAUACCGUAGAACCCGAGUCGGCUGUUUGUGAGAACAAUGGUGAUCAUGCAAAAACUGAAGAAGAGACACUCAAAAUAAUAUUGAGGCAGAUGAAGAAAUUGGGGAUACUUCAAUAA